AUGGAUAAAUUAAUAUCUUCGUUGUUGUGUUGUUCUGUGGACAGCAAGGACGAUGCUAACGACAAAGCGUACCACCAGUCGCUGGCAUCGAAAAAGUCCUCUGCCUCCACCAGCGCCCACAAAACAGGUGCCCAUCGUGCCAAGCAACAACACCGCCACUCUGCCAAAGAUGAUGGCCAGGCGACUGUCGCCACAUCGGCUGCUCCUCGCACCACCACCAAUGGCCAUACCAACAAGAAAGAAUUGUUGGACGAAGACCAUUCGAUAAAUGAGACAGAAACCAUCACCAACACCAACGACGACGACGACGACCCCAAAUCCACGGUUCCCGCGGACUCAGACGAAGAAGAGUACGAGGAUGACUUGUACGAAGACUCGCUCUUGGACUUGACGCGCUUGCAAGAGGGCCAGGCUUUCAACCCAGAAACCGGCUUUCUCCUUGGCCACAAGGACAAGAAGUACGGAAACAAAAAGUGUCUUAUUUUGGAUUUGGACGAAACCUUGGUCCAUUCCUCCUUCAAGUACUUGAGAACCGCAGAUUUCGUCAUCCCUGUUGAAAUAGACAAUCAAAUACACCAUGUGUAUGUGAUAAAAAGACCAGGGGUGGACGAGUUCUUAAAACAAGUUGGCAAGUGGUAUGAAGUGGUUGUGUUCACAGCCUCGGUCCUGAAAUACGGGGAUCCAUUGUUGGACAAGUUGGAUCUCCACAAAUCGGUGCAUCAUAGAUUAUUUAGAGAUUCUUGUUACAAUUAUCAGGGCAACUUUAUAAAGAACUUGUCACAAAUAGGGAGACCUUUAAGUGAUUCUAUCAUCAUUGAUAAUUCCCCUGCUUCAUACAUCUUUCAUCCUCAACAUUCUAUUCCAAUUUCGAGUUGGUUCAGUGAUACUCAUGAUAAUGAAUUGUUGGAUUUGUUGCCAUUUUUGGAAGACUUAUCCAAAGAAAAUGUGGACGACGUCGGUUUGAUUUUGGACAUAACGUUGUGACGGUACUCAUACAGGUAAACUAUUGCAUUUCUGCGUCAUUCCAAGAACAGCAACUAGCGCUUUUGAGUUUUCAUUUCGUCAAAACAUGUCUUUAUAAUAAUCGUUUACACCUCAAGAGUGUACUCACUGGCGUUGGAUUCUUACUUCGAUGCAUCAUCCAUUGCUCGCAAUUAUUCUCAUUGCUACUACUGCUUUGCCAUUCAAUAAUUAUAGAAUUCUUCUUUAUUCAAGGAACCGAAACAUUAGCAGGACUGGUGUUUGAGUGGAAUGGCGUAUUCGAUCAGUCUAGAUCGAUUCAUCCUCUUCACUACUAAUUUAUACAGCCAUAAUGUACAUAUAGAUAC